AUGGCUCCGAAAGCUCCAGCAAAAAAAGAGAAGAGUGAUGAUCAGGUCAAGAAGACCCAGGUCACUCAAGGCCCUAAAAGUGUAAAAGGUGGAAAAGUUGUGAAGGCAGGAAACAAAAAGUCCACAGCCUCUCUAAAGGCGUUAAAAGCGCAACGGGCCGUCACACUUGGUGCUCACACGAAAGGCAAGAAAAGAGUGAUGUAUACUACGCGAUUCAGGCGACCUAAAACGUACAAACCUCCUCGCUGUCCAAAAGACAGAAGAUUCCUGAUCCCUAAGAGAAACAAACUUGAUGCCUUUCGUAUCAUUCAACAUCCGGUUACAACCGAAGCUGCUAUGAAGAAAAUUGAAGAUAACGACACGUUAGUGUUCAUUGUUGACAGAAGAGCAAACAAACCAGCAAUCAAGGCAGCUGUUCAAGAACUUUAUAAUAUCAAAGUUGCGAAAGUCAACACACUUAAUUGCCCUAACAACGUUAAAAAAGCAUAUGUGAAGCUACCUCCUGAUUUCGACGCCUUAGACGUUGCUAAUAGAAUUGGUAUUAUAUAA